AUGGGGCAGUGGGACGUGCGUGGCGCCCUCGUGGCAGCCUCCCUCUUCCACUUGGUGCACGGCGCGGCAAGCGGCUGCGCGGUGCCUUUCCUGAGCCUCUACCUGCGGCACCUGGGGCUGCCCGCCUCACUGGUGGGCGCCGCCGCGGCUGYGCGGCACCUGCUGGUGGCUGCUUGGGCGCCACUGGGCGCCGCCUGCGCCCGCAGUGGCUGCCAGGCCAAGGCGCUUGUGGCCGCCGCACUGCUGGGCUCGGCCGCUGCCGCGCUGCUGCUCACACUGGUGCCGCCUGCCACACUGGAAGACACGCGAGGGCUCUGCGGUGGGGCCGCUGGUGCCAACGCCGGCAAUGCCACGAGUGCCAAUGCCACCAACGCCGCCAAUGGCAUCAGUGCCAAUGGCGAUGGAGUCAAUGCCAGCGUCUCCAACAUGGUGCCAGCAGAGCCGUGGGGAGCAACUGCACGUGCCCUGCCAGUGGGUCUUGUGCCAACGCUGAUGGCACCAGCACUUCGAGGAGUGUUCAGCUCCACUGAUGCCCUCUGGAAGAGCGACGUGGGAGCUGGUGACAUGGGGACAGAUCGCUACACGGCUGGUAGUGUUAACCCAGAGACACCUGCACUGGGAAUGCCCUAUGGACACCAGGAGGAGACAAGCAGCACAGCAGCAGCUGGGGUGGAUCUCAAUGAUAACCCUGAAAAACACCUUCUCCUUAGUAAAAAUGGCAAGCUGCCCUUAUUUAAAUCUCCCCUUCCCACCGUCGGAGGUGCUGGUGCCCCUGAAAACCUCUCCCAUCACUGGCAGGCAGCUCUGGACACUGGCUUGGACUUAGUGCAGGGCACCAAGGGGGAGCACUGGGUGUUUGUGAUGGCACUUGGGGCCAUGCUGCUGUGGGAGCUGCUAGCCGCCCCUGUUGAACGCACAGUUGACGAGAGUCUCUACGAAUACCUGGACUUUGUUGAUGCAGCAGACAGAUACAGCACGCUGUGGGUCUGGGGCUACCUGGGGGUGUCCGUUGGAGCCUGCGGCGUCACUCUGCUCAUCGACCGGCUGGGUUGCCACCUUGGCAGUCGCCUUUCCCGACAAGCCGUCCAUUUCUACGCAUACAGCCUGCUGGCAGUGCUGUCRCUGCUCGCCAGCGUUUUCCUUCCCACCUACGCUCCCAAGAAAGACAAGCGCACAAGGAGAACCGCCAAAGCCCUGGCCCUUAUUGGCGGCGACGGCCAUGCCGUCCUGGCUGCCGUGACUGUGCUGCUCGCUGGCGCAGCCAGCUCUGCCGUGCAUGAUUUCCUCUUCUGGCAGAUGGAGGACCAUGGCAGCAGCGAGGGCUACAUGGGGCUCUGGGUGGCCACGGGGCUUGUGGCCGAGCUCUCGCUUUACCCCUUCAGGGGCGAGCUGCUGAGGACGCUGUCGGGCAGCGGCAUGGUGGCGCUGGGCCUGGGCUGCCAGGCGGCCCAGCUGCUCUGCUACUCCUUCAGCGGGGCGCCCUGGGCUGCCCUGCUCGCCCAGCUCUUGUCCGCCUUCAGCAACGGCGCCUUGUGGUGGGCACUCGAUGCGACCGUCAGCGACGUCGCCACUCCCGGCAUGGAGAGAGCCCUGCGUGCCCUGCUCCGUGGCCUCACGCAGGGCGCAGGGGCUGCCCUGGGCAGCGUGUCGGGGGGCUUGGUGGUGGACAGUUACGGCCUGCCUGUGCUCUACCGGGCCUGCGGUGCYGGCCUGCUCCUCUGGCUCUGCCUCUUCCUCGCUCUGCAGUCCAGGUUGCCUCGGCAGAAAAAAAUCAACUAUUCUCAUCUCCUGACUGCCAAUUCCAGCGAUGUGAGCGACUCCGAGGAGGAGAAGGAAAGGGACUGGCUGGUAAAGGCUAUGAAAGACGAGAGCUUUGGUAGGAAUUGGUAGCAGUGACUUCGUGGCAGCUAAUAUGUGCUUGGRCAUGUGGGGGACAGAGGUGAUGGGACAUGAAGCCCAGAAAUUGCCAUU